CGCUACGUAUCAGGCUGAUUAUUAUGUUUGAAAAUUGUCUCACCACCGUCUUAUUGGUAUAGACUUUCUACUCAUUUUAAAACAUCUAUAUUAGUCUACAAUCUUGAUAAGAAAGAAAUAUUUUGUUGCUCAACCUGUCUUUUAGUGUGUAAACUACGCUUACCCAACAAACUAGUGGAAAAAGAACUGGGAGUACUGUAUACGGCACACUCAUUGAUUAAUUUUCUCUCCAACCGGGUAUAUGAGUAUUUGUAAAAUUUACAGGAGUUGGAUUUAUCUCCAAGCUGGAAGCAAUGAACAGUUUAUGUUAUUCACAAUGAUACUUGAUAUUUCGAAAUCAGACAAAACAAUCAAUAAAACCUACAAAGGUCGAAACCAGUGUUUUAUUACGUAAAUAGUAGAGGCGGUUGAGUCAAGUGUGUCAGUUUGACCUGUUCCGUGCUAAUGUUUUAUGGGAAGUAGUAUUAGUUGUAUCACAGAGAUAGAUAUGGCUAAUAAACUAUUACCUGCUGCUGUCAUAGCUUCUCGCUCAAAACAUUCUGCUACAUUGAUUUUCUUACAUGGAUUGGGUGACACAGGGCAUGGUUGGUCGGACACUUUAAAGGAAUAUGUUCCGGACUACUUCAAGAUUAUAUGCCCUCAUGCGAAUUCAAUACCAGUCACACUCAAUGGAGGGAUGUGCAUGCCAGCAUGGUAUGACAUAUAUGCUCUAAGUGAAAACGCUAAACAAGAUGAAGCAGGAAUAAAGGAGGCAUCACUCGAAUUAGGAAAAUUCGUUGAAGCAGAAAUAAAAUCCGGAGUCCCCAUCGAGAAUAUAGUUAUCGGAGGUUUUUCACAAGGUGGUUCAGUGGCCCUCUAUAAUGCACUAACGAGCACUUUACGGUAUGGUGGGGUUGUUGCUUUCAGUUGUUGGCUUCCACUCCAUACAAAAUUUAUGUCCUCACCUACACUCUUGACUAUGCCCAAGGACGUCCCAGUUUUCCAGUGUCAUGGAUUGGAGGAUUAUACAAUUCCUUUUGCCAUGGGAAAGUCAACUCAUGAGCUUCUAAAAACUUUCCAGUUAUCCAAAUGUGAACUCAACUGUUAUCCUCAAUUAUCUCACUCGUCAUGUGAAAAGGAAAUGAGAGAUCUCCGAACAUUCUUGUCAAAAAACAUACCUGGUACACAAUAAAUUUGUGUGUGUUAGGUGUUACUAGUUCGUCGUUGCCUAAAUGAUAUAUAUGUUUUUGAAGAAUGAGUCCCAGUUCUGAAAUUUCCUCCUUCACUUCCAAUGUACUAUUUCCUGGCACAUGUUUGAUAUGUGUUUUAUGACCCCAUUACAUGGGUUUUUCAUACUCUUAAUGUUUACAGCUCUGUUAUAAAAAUACCGUUACUAGGUAUCAUUUAUGUAUGUCUUACAUACUUUCUUUAAUUCACUAAAAUAUAACUUUUAAUGCUAAGUUUUUAGUAGCUAUUGCCAAUUUUCGUGUCUACGAGUCCCAUGUUUUUCGAUUAUAACGAUGUGUUGUCCUAUAAGUUUGUAACAUAAAUUCAUACCUUGUGGUCCAAUUAGGUUGUGUUGCAUUUGUUAGUUGUGCAUUUCUGAGCUGAUCAUGUUCUGAAUGGAGUGUGUCCAACAUUAGGGGGUUUCUAUUUAAGUUCCUCUCAUACUAAGUAUAUCCGACGUGUCAAGAUUUCAUUUAUCUUAUUUACAAGUCCGAACUCUCUCCACAGAGGUGAAAGGCAGAAGCCAGUUUUCGAACAUUGAAACUGUAAACAAUAACUCAGGUUUUUCCUAAGCCAAUCAAGAAGUUCUUAUUGGAUUUGCUGAUAUUUAUGUAGUGGGUUUCUUAUUGAUACAUACUGACCACCGACUGCCGUAAAUUAUCGACUAUUUAGCAGCAGGUUAAACAACAGAAAUUAUCAUUCUAGCUAGUUAUUGGUAAAAAUCUAUGUACGUAAAAAUUUCCCUUUAAAGUUGUACUUAGUUUCCGAGCACUGACUUUUUAGUAAAUAGUUAUGAGGAAUUUCCAAUACAAGUUACUGAUCAACGACGGGUUUAAUUGCUAGGUUUUAAGGAAUUAGCGGAGCUAACACAAAAAUUACCCAUAAAAAAGUCGUGUGUGACCGACCUCAAGCAGUUAUCCCUUGGGCACUGCGGUCACGCUCUCAGGUCACUAGGACCACCUCCAAUCCAAUUUCCUUUUCAGGUACCUCCAGAAGAACCCUUCCACGGUGUGGGCAACCGGGAAGUGAUAACCGCCCUCAUACCUCUAACAGUACUCAAGGCCACUGUAUUCAUAAUCAACCUCCCUCUUCAAUUCCUAUUAUUCCUCCUACAUCGACUUUCAACGCUAAACUUCCUCUUUCUGCUUCCCCCUCAAGUGUCACCAUAGCCAACGAUUUUAAUGCGCGAAAAACUGUCCUAGGUCUACUGAAACCUCGCUACAAACUACACAUUGGAGCCUUCAACGUACGCACCCUGUGUCAAAUGGGCCAACAGGCCUCUUUGGUCAAAACCCUAGAAUCUUGUACCAUUGAUGUAUGCUGUGUCUCAGAAACACAUACAGAAUCCUAUUGUGGUCACUCACUUGACUCCACCUCACCAAAACUGAGGAUCGAUGAGAUACACCCUCCAUGUACCUGGCGACCCGAUGCCUAGUUUUCGUGGACUGGCAGAUGUAGGCAUAGCACUAGGCGCGAGUACAAAACAAGCACUAUUAGAGUGGAUCCCCGUUAACAGUCGCCUAUUUGCUGCUGUCGUUUCUGUCUACGCUCCCAGUGUCUGCAGCUCGGAUGAAGUGAAAGAAGACUUUUACAGAAAGAUUUCUGAACUUCGGAAAACUAAACGUUCAGACAUAAUACUCGUAACAGGUAACCUUAAUGCCGAAUUAGGUAGCUUAAACCAAACAGAAAGACAUUUAGGUAGGGAUUUUGGCAUUCUGGGGCAGCGAAUAGGUAAUGGUGAUCGUCUGUUGCAACUGUUCUCAGAUAAUCAUUUAUUUUUAGCGACCACUAAUUCCAAGCAUAAGGAGAGACAUCGUCUAACAUGGCGACCCCCUCACCAAACCAUCGAUGGACUCAAAUAAGCCAUAUUACUAUCAGUCAUCGUUGGAGAGGCUCGAUAGAAGACUGUCGCUCAUUCUGGAAUACCUGCUUGGACUGUGACCAUGCUCUAAUAUGGGCACGCAUUUGCUUGCACCUCACUGGGCGCCGAAAAGCCAUAUUAAGAAGACCCAUUAGAGUAACGAGAAAACCAAAAAUAGGUUCCAGCAACAAGUGAGGUCAGACUUAAGCAGCUGACCAAGAUGUUGCUUGAGAGGAUAUACAAGCAGCUGUGGAAACAGCAGUGACAUCUAUUAGUGAUUUAACCCAAAGAGUCACAAAAAAACCAAUGGAUUUCUUCUAAGUCUAUUGCACUGAUAGGUUCUUGUAAACUCAUCCCAUCAGGCUGUGAACACGAAGAGCGAAAACGAAUCAGAUCUAAGUUAAGCGAAGGUCUAAGGAACGACCGUGAGCAGUAGUGGGCAACGAAAGCAAAAGAUGGAAAAUGCGGCGGCUGUAAGUAACACAAGACAGCUCUUCGGACUAAUAAAAGAAACUGAGAUUAAGAAGUCAAGUGUGAGACGAUCUUGGAAAAGGACGACACUAUUAUCUGCUUCCGGUCUAGACGUUCUGGACGAUGGGCGGAACACUUUAAGGAGCAGUUCAACUGGCCUUCAGCUACUCUACAAGUACCCACCAUUUCCGGACAGUGAGAAUGUAACACUGAAGUAGGUCCCCC